AGUGGAAGCCGACCCGGCGGGAUGGAGGGUCGGCCCAGGCCUGCGGGUCCCGGGUGGCUCCCGCCGGGCGGCCGCGGCCUCCGAGCGGCAGGGGGCGGGCUCGCCCAGGGCGGCGGCUCCGGACGGAGUGCCGGUGUCUUUCCGGCUGCACUGUGACCUCGGGCUGCGGGCUGCGUCGCCGGGCAUGGCGGCAUGGGGCCCGGCGUCCGCUGCGCCUCUGCUCCGCGGGAGCUACGGGACUCAUCUUUGGCUUUAUCUCACCCAUCUCUUUCUCCUCACUUGCCUGCUGGUCCGGAAUCUGCCUCCCGUGCUGAGGAGUUGUGUUGCCCCCAGGACUGUCAUCUGGGAUUUUGUCAGUCUGUUGACAGGAUGGGUGUGCGAAGAUGACCGGGUCCUGAGGAUUGUGCAGUGCGAGCCACUGUGCCUCUUAGUGAUUUCACCUAUGCUGCUGUCUCGGGAGCACGUCCACCCCCAGACCUUGCCGCUGCACCCAGACGCACAGCCCAUCUGACCAGAUCUUUCGUCUGGCCUGCAUGUCAGCCAUCUCUUAGGCUUCUUGGCCUGUGUCCAGCAGCCAUGUCUCUCUCCUCACUCAUUGCUUCAGAGGGCCUGCCUUAGGGUCAGCUCUGGGGUGCUGCUGUAGAGGGGCAGACUCCACCUUGGCCUUUUAAGACUAGCUAGUGAGAGAACUGGGAGAAGGCUCAGAUGGUAAAGUACUCACAGGGGUGAUCUGAGUUCAACCCCCAGGACCCACGUGAGAUGGUGGAUAAGUUCACUGCCUUUACAGAGGAGCCCAGUUCAGUUUCCAGCCUUCAUGUCAAUCAGCUCACCACCGCCUGUAACUCCAGCUCCAGGGGUCUGAUACCCUCAUCUAGCCUCUGAAGGCACUGCAUUCAUGAGCACAAACUCUUAGACACACACACAAUUUAAAGUAAAAAUUUAAAAACAAAAGCCAGGUGUGGGGGCACACCCCUAUAGUCCCACUGCUGGGGGGUGAGACAGGUGGAUCCCUAGAGCUUGCCUGCCAGCCUAGCCUACUUGAUGAGCUCCAAGCCAGUGAGAGACUCUGUCUCAAAAAACAAAGUGACGUCCCUGAGAGCGACAGCUGGGCUUGUCCUCUGACCCCCAAUGUCCAUGCACACACGGGCAGGUGCCUACACAUAAACAUACCACAGAGACCCAGGAUCCAACCCUGAAAGUCUAGAAUGGCACCCUGCUCUGGACCUUCAGGUGAGACUGAGGAGUGACUGGGUGGUACCUCUUCAGCACCAGCACUCACCAGCAACCCCAGUGUUUUGCCGGCCGACUGCAGCAGACGAGACAUUGCUGCACCGCGGCUCACAGUUCCACAGACCUCAACAGACCUCCUCUCUGUUG